CUAAUGAUAUCUUUGAUAACAGCUGUCCGUCAACAUUGUGCCUAUACAACUUGUAGGAUUGAAGUGAGAUAAAACCGAAUGAUCGUUGUCCUUCCUCAAGCUGCAAAGUAAUAAAGAAAUGUUUUACAUAAAUACGCCAGUGCAGUGAUCAACUGGUGUCAGUCAGCAUCUUGAGGCGACACGACAGAAAGAAACGUUUAUGUAGAGGUUCUGGUACUGAAGGAGCUCUGCAGGAUCCAUCACCAUCUCAUAACAUAUAGAUGCAAGGUCGGUUGAUGAUGUGUUUUUAUGAGGAAGGAUAUACUAUGGGCUUCAGGAAGUGAAGUGGUGUACAGAUGUUUCUUCAGUGCUUCAAACAUGUUAUGUAAAAUUGCACUAAUGCUAUUAAUUUUCACUGGAAAAUGUGCAGCAGAGCAUUUGCUACACAUGUCGGUUGAAGAAGUAACAGCUCACAAUUACACAUACUACAGUCUUUCUUAUGAAGGAUACAUCAGACUUUAUCUGUACUCCCUAAGUGGCGAUGCUGAUCUGUACGUAUCACAGUAUGUUUCAAAGCCAACAUAUGAUCCAGGACUGAACUGUGCUCAGUCAACGACAUGUGGGGUGGAUGUUGUAGAUAUUCCAAGGAGUUUCAGGCGACCUGUUGGGAUUGGAGUCUAUGGCCAUCCAUCACAUGAAAGAAGUGAAUAUCGUCUUGAAGCAUACUAUAUUGAUGAUGAACAUGAUAGUGGAGAUGUAGAUAUCCGUUCCUCAGGCACUGUGGAGACUGGGAGCACUGGUGUACCAAAGAAAAAGAAAGCUUCUGAUGACACAACUGACGAAAGUGUGAUAUGGUCAUUCGUAUUUUACAUUUUUGAAGUUGCGUUUGAUAUAAUGUUUAUUUGACGAAUUUGAUAUUUGCAUUUGUAAUGUUCCUGAGAGGCCAGGACAAUGAAGUGAAUGAAACAAAGUAUUUCAUUAGUGAAUUCAGGACUUCUUCCUCCAGAAACAUCAGUCUUUGGUGUUAAAAGGUGAUGCUAGUGUGCUGUGAAUAAUGAGCUUUCCUGUGAUGAAUUAUCACAUUAUCCUGCGACAGAAUGUGUCCGAUGAUUUUUAUACUUCGUCCAUUUAGAUGACUUUCCACUAAAUAAUUGUGCUUGAAAUUAAUAUUUCAAGCAUUUGAACAUUAAUUCCCUCAACUGUUUAAUUGUAAGACAUAAUGGCUUGACUGAGUAUUGUGUGGAAUUUCACUGCACUGGUGUAGCUAUACUGUGUUAUUGUCUGGAUAGUACAAUAAAUAGUGGCCAGUAUCAAAUACUGCGGCAACAGCUGAAAUUAUGUGCAGUGUGGUAAUUGUGUAUAGUUAAUGCUUUAAGAUGAUUUAAAGUACAACUCAUGUCUUCAAAGUGUGAUAUUCUGAAAUGUGGCACAGUCACUACAUUUCAAUAUGUUUUUUGUCAAACAUUAUUUACGUUGUGCUGAUGGGCAGUUAAUACUCCACCCGUUUUAUGUGCCAUUCGAGAGAAAGGUAUUUGAGUCAACGUACCUGACAGAUUAAAACUAUGCACUAAUGUGUAACAUGUGCAUAGUCUGUUUCUCUUGGAAAUAUUAAUAAUAUAUCUAAGUAAUCAACAGUCUCUCUUCGGUGUUUAGAAAAAUAGUUUGUAAGUAUUAAUAGAGUGAAGCUUUGAAUUAAAGUAAAUGGGGUGCUCUGAAGAAUCAGAUGAAAGAGGCUUCCCUGCAAUAGGCAAAUAUUAGGGUUUGAAGUAUGAUUCACCAUGUACCUAUAAUCUGCCAAAAAAUUUAAUUUCAACAUACAAUCCCUCCACUGUAGUGUCGGGUACAUUAAUGACAUUAAAAUAUUUUGCAUGCCAGAGAGAACUAUUGUGCUUAGGUUAUUGUUAUAAGUUUCUGGUAGGAUGGUUAUUCUUCCUCUUUCAGACGUCCCAGAUUUUUAUUGUUUGAGUUGGUAUUUCUGUACCAAAAACACUAUUGUUUAUCACUGUCAAUCUAUUCAACUACUGAUCUAGCCAGUUAGUCCACCUUAGUCAGUCACAAAGGGUUGUUCUCUCCUUUACACUUCAACAGUCUACAGUCUACAACUACGAAAGUGCUGGUGUCAAGUGAAUAUUCUUAUAUACUGAAUUUUCUUGAUUCAGAAUCUGUUUCUUCAGAAUAUGGCGUUUCAUUUCUAUAUUACAUCAUGUAAGUAUUUUUUCUUAGUUGUUUCAAUGUAUUUAAAUGGAGAGACAGUAAUAACUGUGUGUCACAGGUCUGUAAUUGAAGACAGUGUAAUUUAUGUUUCUACCUACAUGGCAACAUCUCUUUUUUACUAAGUUCUAGUUUUCUUUGGUUCCUACUAGCUUUUGGAUGCGUAUCAUUGUUGCUAUACAUAUAAAAUGGCAUAAUAUUCUUUACGGUUUGUGAUUCCUUUUGUGUAUGUGAUCUGCCCUAAGUUUAGAAGCUAUGUUUUAUUAUCGAGACACAAAAUUGACGCCGGCCGGAGUGGCCGAGCGGUUCUAGGCGCUACAGUCUGGAACCGCGAGACCGCUACGGUCGCAGGUUCGAAUCCUGCUUUGGGCAUGGAUGUGUGUGAUGUCCUUCGGUUAGUUAGAUUUAAGUAGUUGUAAGUUCUAGGGGACUGAUGACCACAGCAGUUAAGUCCCGUAGUGCUCAGAGCCAUUUGAACCAUUUUGAACAAAAUUGACUUUCUCAUCCAGUAUAUCUCAUGUGUCCAUUGACUAUGGAACUGGAAAUACUGGUGUUGCAUUCUCUCUCUCUCUCUCUCUCUGUCUGUCCUGAUUUUAUGAAACACGCAUUCUAAGUAAUCAUUGUCCUAUGGAGCACUUGAAAAGCUGGUGAUGUCAAGAAUAUUCACAAACACCAAAAGCAUAAGAUCCUUUGGGUACUUUCCAAAGUACAUUCCCAAAACAAAAUCAAUACUCUUAUCUGUGGACUGUGUUGCUAUCAUUGACAAAAUGGUGGAUGUCAGUGGCUUCUUACUUUAUUAUUUACUUACAGUGAGUAUCAUUUGCACCCUGUUCUUUGGUAAUGUUUAGUUGCCUAUUCCAUUCGGAUACUGUUGUAAUGUGUUGGCUGAUCACUCAGCAUUAUCUGUCCAUUUCAUCGAGUAGGUUGAAAUAGUGAAAGUAUUUGUUAAUGUAUUAUGUUAUGAAAACUAGCCCUAAUAUCAUUACAGCAAUGGGAAGUCCGUUUUGAAAUGUAAAUAAUGGUCAAAGGUCAGUCCAAAGAUAGUGGUGGUCUGUUCUUUUGAUCGCUAUUGUCCGUGAUACCAAAAAUGGUUGUUAUUUAUUUAAGAUUAAGUAGAAGUGUAGUUCUAACAUACUGUUGUUUAAACUGAAUGUGUCUAUGGCAUGUUAUGUAUGUAUUCUCCAUUGAAAUAUCAAUAUUUAUUAUGUUACUCCUCAUAUGAAGCCUGCUUUAUGACACAUAUGAAUGAGAUCUUGUGUUAAAUAUUUUUUUUUAGUAUUAAGGUUAGCAUAGCAUGAUAUAAACUGACUAAACAGUUGUAUAGGACCAAUCUCAUAUGACAGACCUAGGGUGGGCAGUGUCAUCUGAUUAAAAAACCUAUAUUUUUUGUAGGCAGUCAAUUUCUCUUCCCUGUGAGAUGUUUGUAGUUGUCACCCAAAAUGACAUUAAAAACCUUGUCUUCCUUGUACUAUGAAAUUUGUGAAAUACUGUGCUAUGGUUUUUAUUUGUAAUUUAGUCUGAUAAGCACAAAUGUUAAUAAAAUAUUUGUAAUUA